AUGAUUCCUUCCAUCCCCCGCCUCGAGGACUACGAUGUCUCUGAGCAUUAUGGUUUCCUUCCUUCAGAAUACCCGCUGGAGGUGUUACCUGACACAUACUAUAGACCAUGGGAGGCCAUCGUGAGAAAUCUCCAGGGUCUGAUCCUGGGUAAGAGGCUGCGCGGUGUUGUCGACGGCCUUCCUGUCUUGUCCACAGACUACCUUCGCUCGGAUGCUGAAUGGCGUCGCGCUUACAUGCUGCUGGCUUUCAUCUCACACGCCUAUGUCUGGAACGGAGACCGACCAAAGGAUCGCAUUCCUCCCAGCAUCUCGGUCCCCUUCACAGCUGCUUGCAAGCAUCUUGAGUUGCCUACUGUCGCCACAUACGCCGGAGUCGUGCUAUGGAAUUACCGACCACUCUUUGACGACGAAGGUAUCGACUCACUGGACAAUCUCUCCACUCUCAUGACUUUCACAGGCUCGCUGGACGAGUCGUGGUUCUAUCUUGUCUCAGUCGCCAUCGAGGCUCGUGGCGCCCCUAUAAUCCCCCUAAUGCUCCAUGCCAUCGAAGCCGCUCGUCGUGGCGACAAGUCAAGAGUCACUGAAUGUUUGCGCUCAUUUGCCGAGCGCCUGGACGAGCUUUCCUCCAUGCUGGUCCGCAUGUAUGAGAACUGCGACCCACACGUCUUCUACCACCGCAUCCGCCCCUUCCUCGCCGGCAGCAAAAACAUGCACGAAGCCGGACUCCCCGACGGCGUAAUCUUCGACACAAACAGCAAAGAUGAUGCCUACGUCCAGUAUAGCGGCGGCAGCAAUGCUCAAUCCUCCAUCAUCCAGUUCUUCGAUCUGAUUCUCGGAGUCGAGCACCGUCCUACGGGCAGCAAACCCGGCGACACACCCACAGCAACAGUCCAACAAGGACCUUCUGCAAACUUCAUCCACGACAUGCGCACGUAUAUGCCCGGCCCUCACGCCCGCUUCCUAGAGCACGUAGGCACAGUCUCCAAUAUCCGCUCUUUCGUCACCACGAACCGCCACGAUCGCGCUUUGGCAACUGCCUUUGACGCUUGCCUCGCCAUGCUACGCAACUUCCGCGACAAGCACAUUCAAAUGGUCUCACGCUACAUCAUCGUGCCCUCCCGCGAAUCACGCAGCAGCAACAAUCGCUCUGCGUCCCCUACCCACCGUAAAGAUUCUGCCGCGCCUUUGAAUAUCGCAGCAGCGAGUUCAGACAGCAAAGACAAGAAGAACUUGAGAGGCACGGGAGGAACGGCAUUAAUUCCGUUUCUCAAGCAGUGUAGAGAUGAGACUGGAGAGCCUGCCAUUGAUGCUUGGGCUAGACGUCUGUUGAACAAUGGACCUGGUGCUGCGGAGCUGGGUGGUGCAAGGAUGGGAAAGCUGGGUGAGCAUGCUUCUGGAGAGACCGCUGUGGUGGGAUUGGCUGGUGUGUGGAGUGUCGAUGACUCUGAUGGUGGAAUCUGCCAUUGGUGA